AUGUCCAAUGAAGAUAUAGAACUCUACGGUCAAAUUAACAAUGAUUUUUCUGAUUAUAUUGGAAAGACUCAAAUACAUAAAACGAAGGGAACCUAUGUUCAAAUUUUAAAAAUUUCACCUCAACAAGAUUCCUAUCAAGUCAUUGAUCUAUCUCUUGCGACAUCGAUGUCAUCCUCCGAUGCUGUGACACCAUUUGACAUUCCUACUUCGGAAGUGAAACGAUUAGAAAACAUUUCUGAUUUACCCUCUCAUAUUCAAACAUUUAUUCAAGAAAAGAAGAAUAAGAAAUCAUCCAAGAGAUUGGGAGGACUCUUUUCAAAAUUUAGAUCCAACAAAUCUUCUUCUUCAACAUCAUCAUCGACACAAAAAUCAGAUAUCAAAUCGACAAGUUCUCCUCAAUUGAAUGCUCUUCUAUCAUCAAGUUCUAGUAAUACAAAUAAUGGAAUGGGAUCAAGCCUCAGCACUGCUCCCAACACUCAUUCCAAUUCAUCAUCUUCUUUGGGAAGUUUGAGCACGAACAGUCAAGCCUCACAAGAAUUCAAAAAUGCGAAUCAGAGCAGCAGCAGCAACAACAACUCCACCCAUCCUCCUCACUCCUCUGUAAUGGUUCCAAUCAUGGAUGCUGCAGCAGAUCGGACGAGUAGUGGUGGCAGUGGCAGUACUAGUGAUGAAAGCGAAGAUGAAUUUGAAGAUGGCAAUUCCGAAGAUCAUGAUGCCAUGUUGGAGCAAGAGAGUGUCGAUCAACAACAACAGCCUCCCAUCAUGACCACUAACGCCAACACAUUGAUGGAGACCAAUAUGAACUCGUACCAAGUAGAUGAUGAGGACAUUGAUGAUCGUGAAGAUGGAGUUGUCGUUGAAUUUCAUUCUUCAAAGAUUGCGGACGAUAAAACUCCUCCGCCACGUACUGCUACUACUACUACCACUACUUCAUCCUCUGCAUGCUCCUCUUCGUCGUGCCCUUUGCUCAUUCCAUGCAUACAAGCCUUUAUGAUGCGUCGUAAAUUUCAAGAAUACAUUUCAAAAUCAACCGAUGUACGAAAUGCUCGACUACGACGUGCAGCUCUCUUAGAAAUUCUCUCGACUGAAGAAUCCUAUUAUUCUGCUCUCAGUACUUGUAAAACACUCUUUAUGGAUCCACUGCUCAAUGAUGCUCAAACAAAAAAGAAACCCAUUCUCAAAAUGGAAGACAUUAAUGAAAUAUUUGGUGAAUUACCUUCCAUCAUGCAAGCCAGUGAAAUGCUCAUGAGUGAUUUGAGAAAGGAAAUUGCAAAAUGGCCAACAAGUCCCAUCUUGAUUGGUAACAUUUUCAAAUCCUUUGCACCCUUCUUUAGAAUGUAUUCAAAAUAUAUUAAUAAUUUUGAUAGUGUUUCAGAGAAGGUUGAAAAGUUAGAGAAGUCAUCCAAAACAUUUGCACAAUUUUUAGCCAAAGUUCAUGAAACUCCAGAAUGUGGUGGUUUAACCUUCACAUCCUAUCUGGUAGUACCUGUUCAGAGAGUUCCACGUAUUCGUUUACUCUUACAAGAAGUGUUAAAGAGAACAGAUGAAACUCAUGUCGAUUAUGCACCCAUUGAACAAGCAUUGAGUAUUGUCAAUCAAGUAGCAGAGAAUUUAAAUGAAUCUAAAAGAAGUUCUGAAAAUGAUAAAGUCAUGUUUGAAUUGCAAGAGAAAUUGAGAGGAAGAUUUGGAGGUAUUCUACAAGCACAUCGAAGAUAUAUUCGAACAUUUAAUUCCAUUCAUGUAGAAUCUACAAAGGAAUUAGAUAAGAAGAAGUUGAAUGGUUUCUACAAUGCUUAUCUAUUUAAUGACAUGUUACUAUUGGUACCUCAAUAUUUGGAUUAUUCCAUGACCACGAUGGAUUCACAAGAUAAAAAGAGUUCAUCCUUUCGAAGAAUGGGAGGAGGAGGAGGAGGAGGAGGCUCUACGAGUUCCAAUCAUAACAACAACACCACCACUUCCAUGAACAUGUCCAAUCAUAACAACAACACCACUUCCAUGAAUCCAAACUUCAUGAUGGAAUCAACCUCUGUACUGGAUGAAGAAGAACGUUUUCAACGACUUGCCAAAGAAUCCUUUGUGAUUUAUUUAGCCUUCUCCAAAGUAUUGGAUCGAGAAGAGAAGGAACAAGAUCGACUCAAUACCAUGAUGUUACUCACCAAAGUAGCAUCUAGUACUCCAUCUUCUCAUCGAUUUAAUUUCAUGCUCAAAUCAUUCAUUCGAACUCAACCAUUGAAUUUCAUAUUUAGUUUUGAUCACAUGUUAAUGAGAGAUGAAAUGGAAGCUGAUAUCACUAUUAAUAUUGAAAAAAUAGAUAAAAGUAUGGAAAAGAAAGUUGGACAAGAGAGAAUUGAUAUUGAAAAGAAAAGAAUGGAAAUGUGUAAAUCCAUCAAAUUAGCGGACAUGAUACUCUCUAAAUAUUUACUUCAAAAACAAACAGGAAAUGAAAAAUUCCAACAACUUGUAGAAAAAUUAUCCAUCUGUGAAAGUGAAUUAGAAUCUAAAUUAAUUGAAUAUCGAUCAUUGAAAGAUGAAUUUACCAAACAUUCAGAAUCUUUACGAGAUAUUGAAUCUAAAGAAUCUCAAUCUCUCAUUGAUUAUGAAGAACAAAAUCAAAAGAUCUAUUCCAUUGAUACAAUUCUGUGGAAAAUGUUAAAUCCAGAUCGAUCAGCAUUUAAAGAAGUAUUUGGUGAAGACCCAAGAAUUGAUCCAAGUGAUUAUGCCACGAGCAGUACCUAUUCAGUUGCAAUGAAUUCUCCUUCUGGUUACAUGGCAAGUGGUAGUAUUGAUGAAUAUGUUGAGAAUAAUUAUUCUCCAUCGUCGUCAUCUUCCUCUCAACCACAUCAACAACAUCGAAAGACUGUAAAUUUCCAUGCAGCCACUCCUAAACGAAGUGCAACCGUUCUAUUCAAUUCUACUGCUAAUUUGAAUUUCCUUCAAAGUGAACUCUCUUCACCUACACUUCCAUUGAAACAACUCAAAGAAAAUUGUAAUCCCUAUAUUCAAUUAGCGUAUCGAGAGGCACGUAAAAAGAUGGAUCAUAACAGUAUCAGUACUACUACUUCAAGUACUUUCAUUGGUGGUGGUGGUGCACAAGAGGAUUCCAGUAUAUCAGAAGAAACUGAAACUCUCAAUGCACUCUAUCGAAUUCGACCAUUGAAAAAGACCUUUAUGAUUGAACCAUUUAAAAAACUACCCUACAAGUAUAGAAUUGAUCGAAUACUCUAUGGUGAAAAUACUCCACAAGAAAUUAUGCCUAAAUUCAUUCCAUAUCCUGAAGAAUAUAAUGAUGUGGAUAUGUAUUAUAACAAGAUUUCAGAUCGAGAUGGAUUUGAUAGUUAUGGUCUGGAAGAUCAAGAUCAAGAUGAGAAUGACUCUUAUCAAAACAAGUCAUAUUUUGAACAAGAGGAUUCACAACCUACCUAUGCUAAAAUGUAUGAUAAUAUUUAUGAUUUACCCAAUAAUGUCAAUGAUUUGAAAUCCAUGAUUAUCCAAUUACAAAUGGAAAAGGAAGAAAUGAAAAAUGAAUUGAAUCGAUUUCAAAAUUUGAAACAACAAUCAUUGACAACAACAACGAUAACGAUGGGUAUGGCACCACUGACGUCAGGAACAACAACAAAUGCUGCUGCUGCUACUAGUUCUCAUGACAAUGGUAUUAUGAAUCAACAACAACAACACCACCACCGUUUGACAAAUUCACUUUCCUCAGUCAAUACACCAACCACAGAAUAUAAUAGUGGAGGAGAAUUGUAUGCCUCCGAAGAAAUUGAGGAAUAUGUCGAGUAA